GCCAUGACUGGUUCUCUUGGCUACCCACCAGAGCAGCAGCUGAGCUAGCAAGACAAGCAGCUGGGCCACCUUCCCCCGGGGCUUCAGAAUGGAUGUGUGUCAUGCAGAUCCAGCUGAGCUCAGCAGUGGAGAGGCCAAGGAGCUACAGCAGAUCAAAUGGCACAGGAAGCAGCUACUGGAGGACAUCCAGAAACUGAAGGAUGAAAUUGCAGAUGUGUUUGCCCAAAUUGACUGCUUUGAGAGCACGGAGGAGAGCCGGAUGGCACAGAAGGAGAAGGAGAUGUGCAUCGGGAAAAAGAAAUUCAACAUGGACCCUGCUAAGGGCAUCCAGUAUCUCAUUGAGCACAAGCUGCUGACCUCUGAUGUCCAGGACAUCGCCCAGUUCCUCUACAAGGGCGACGGUCUCAACAAGACAGCCAUUGGCACCUACUUGGGAGAAAAGGACCCCAUCAACUUGCAGGUCCUGCAGGCCUUUGUGGAUUGCCAUGAGUUUGCCAAUCUCAACCUCGUUCAGGCCCUCAGGCAGUUCCUGUGGAGCUUCAGGCUGCCGGGCGAGGCCCAGAAGAUUGACCGCAUGAUGGAAGCCUUCGCCGCUCGCUACUGCCUUUGUAACCCCGGAGUCUUCCGGUCCACAGACACCUGCUACGUGCUGUCCUUCUCUGUCAUCAUGCUCAACACUGGCCUACACAACCCCAACGUGCGGGACAGACCGUCCUUCGAGCGCUUUGUGUCCAUGAAUCGUGGCAUCAACAGUGGCAGUGACCUGCCGGAGGAGCAGCUGCGGAACUUGUUUGACAGCAUCAAGAGUGAGCCUUUCUCCAUCCCUGAGGAUGACGGCGGUGACCUCACCCACACCUUCUUCAACCCUGACCGUGAAGGCUGGCUACUCAAGCUAGGGGGCCGUGUGAAGACAUGGAAGCGACGCUGGUUUAUUCUCACGGACAACUGCCUCUACUACUUUGAGUUCACCACUGACAAAGAGCCUCGGGGGAUCAUCCCCCUGGAGAACCUCUCUGUGCAGAAGGUGGAUGACCCCAAGAAGCCGUUCUGCCUGGAGCUGUACAACCCCAGCUGCCGAGGUCAGAAAAUAAAGGCAUGCAAGACGGAUGGGGACGGCAAGGUGGUAGAAGGCAAGCACGAAUCCUACCGCAUCUCAGCUGCCAACGCCGAGGAGCGUGACCAGUGGAUUGAGGCCAUCAGGGCCAGCAUCACCCGAGUCCCCUUCUACGAUCUGUUGUCUGCUCGGAAAAAGAAGAUUGUCAGCAAGCAGUGAGCUUCUGGGAGGCAGCGCUGGCAACCCCGUAGGACCUAUGGUAUCUGGAGUCACAGAGACACACCUCUCACCGGCUGUGCCUGUUCCUGCUCACGAGCCUGCCCCUCCCCAUCACUGGAACUGGCUGUUGGUGGAUGUGGCUCCUCAGAGGACACAGAGCUCACAGGAAAAGCUCUACCUGGGACUACUCUGGCUGAAGGUUAGGAUGGGGAGAUAAGCCAGCCUAGAACCCACUACCAUGUAUCCCAUCUUCUCCCUCCCAGCAGGAGGACCAUGGAUUUCCUGGAGGCUUCCAGCUCAGAGGUUUUCCUUCCCUCAGAUUGGGCCAGGUCCUCUCUGCCAUGGACAAGUAUCAGGAUUCAUCUACCUUGGAACCCCGAAGCUUCAGACAAACCCCUCCACCAAACACAGCCCUCCUCGGGGUCUUACAAAAUGCAGAGUUUGGAUAGGAAAUAUUUUGGCCCAGCAGGCUUUUGGUCAGCUUGGCUUCCAGGGGGAGCUGGGACACCAGGUGACUGAAUGAGACAGACUGAGCUGGAAGGUUCUGAGGAUGCUGCUAGCACUGUUCCCAAGGGUGCUGGCCUGAGAAGAUGAGCAAAGGAGACUGUGGCAGUAUCUGGCUGGCAGAUCUGACUGAGCAGAGGACACUGUGGCAGUAUCUGUGGCUGGCAGGUCUGACUGAGCAGAGGACACUGUGGCAGUAUCUGUGGCUGGCAGGUCUGACUGAGCAGAGGACACUGUGGCAGUAUUUGUUGCUGGCAGGUCUGACCUACAGCUGAGAAAAAUGAGAGAAGAGAAUGCUUCAGGUUGUGCCCACCAGGAGAGAUGCUUGGAGGCCACAGCAAGCCAGCUGGUAGCACAGGACUCAGGCUUGGACAGACAGGCCAUGGCCCAUUGCCAGCUACCUGACCAGCAGAACUAGGGUAGCCAGGGCUGCAGAAUGGGCCCUUGCUCCUGCCUCCUGCUAGAACAAGGCCAGUUUUCCAUACACAGCAGGCUGCUGUGUCCCCAGGGAGGUCCCUCUUGGUGGAUGCUUCUCCCCCAGAGCACUUGUACCUCCUCCCCUGCCUGAGGAACUCCCCCCCCUCCGAAAAAGUUCCUCAGCAAGGCAGCAAGAAAUGUGCCCUGUACCAGCAUGGACUCUGAAAAGGAGCAGCAGGUGGCCAGGCUGUCCUUAUCCUUUGUAGGAGCCCACAUGUGUGCAUUCUCUACAGGAUAGGAAGAAGAGAAGCACAGUGUGGGGAGGGGGAGGGGAAGACACCCAUCUCAGGAGUGAUACACGCCCGGGAGCUGAGGCACCGGCAAGGCAAACAGAGCUCUUGCUGGACAAUUGAGGACUUUCUGGUGAGCUGAGCCCAUACCAGCUGCCCACAUUUGGGGGUUAAGAGACCCUAAAGUCUUCAUCUGCCUCUGGCAUGUGUGUGUGCACAGAGGCUGUCUGACUCUUGUUCCUUCCCCUCUCUGAUCCUCAGCUUCUUCCCCAGCACCGAGGUGGCAGAGGCAUCAUUUUCUUUCUUGUAACACUUAGAAGCAAGAAUAAAAGAGGAAGAAGGAGCACUC